AUGGUUCGUGUUUCCUUCCAGAGGGAGGACUUCUUCAAGGAGUCGCACGAGGUCAAGGGGUGGAAGCUGAGUUUGGUCGACAACCCCGACGACCCGACGUCCAAAAUGCAGGUCGUUGUGAUGGCGGACAGCAAGGAGCUCCGCGAGGCGAACAUCGGCAUCGCGAUCGAAUACGGCAUCGAGAGGUUGACGUCAGAGUCGGAGUACAAGGAUUGCACGGUGACGCUCCCAGACAAGAAGGGCGACGACGACGGCGCGGAGGAUGGCGGCUUAGACGAGGGCGGCGAUGGCAAGGAGGCCGCGCAGGUGGAGGACGGUCACGACGUCCCCGCACAACGGCAAGAUAUUGGAUAUUGGGCAAAGUUGAAUGCCAAGGACUGGGCCUUUGUACACACGUGCGUCCCAUGCGCCUUCGACGAUUAUGUGGCGGAUGAGAACGAGACUGCUGUGAGCAUGGCGCCCACUGCAGCCAACUUGGCCAUCGGGCUCGGCGAGAAUUUCGACCAGGUGCUGUCCGAGAAACUCAAGGCCAUCAACCUCACCACCAUUGCAUCGGGAGUGUCCAUGCUGGGCCACCGCCGUGCCAGGAUGAAGUCGAAGAGGGACCAGUUUACGAUGUCGGCCAAUUCGCAGGAGAGCGAGGCCGCCAAUAUCAUCACAGACAAGUUGAACUUGGCUCAGGACGCAGAGGACCUCAGCAAGCCUGAGCACAUGUUCUCGAUGAGUGACGCAGAGUUUCGCACGAAGCUCGGGAGCCUGUCUGCUGCGGGCAUGGUCAUGCCAGUGAGCUUGGCAGUUGAAAUCAACAGCAGGAAGGCUUCCGAGAUUGGCAAGAAGUUACUCGAAGAGGAUGGUCAUACUAAAAUCCCUGACUUUUUCAAUGUGGUGAUGCCUGUGGGCGCCGCGGCGGACGACGGCAGCGAGCAUGCUGCAGUCGACGCCAGCGAGGGGUACGACUGGAGAUCUCCGUCAGCCCGCCUCGUCCCUGGAACUGAGGCCAGCAUGUGCAUUCGGUUCGAGAGCGCCACCUUCAGUUACUUUGUGAAGCCUCUCUUCAAUGCUUGGGGCACAUCGCUGUCCCACGAUGCGUGCGAGAAGCUGGCGGCAGAUGUGGGCGCUUUCUUGAUCGAGAACGCGCCUCAUGACGCCCCCGAGGUGAUCCAAGCAUCGAUCAACAAGGUCAUCGAGUGCAUGCGCGCGGCGCUGUACGUUCAGAACCCGCUGAAUGUCGCCAACCUCUCCGACUUUGAGAGUCUCUCAUCGGCGACGGCUUUGGAUGACAGCGGCUGGAAGGGCAUCCUCUACAACACGUUCGAGUUGAUGGGCGAGUGCAGCUCCUUCAAG